AUGAUUAAAAACAUUUUUUUACAUGCAUCUGCAGCUAAAAUUGAUGGUUUACUUGCAGAUGCUGAUGAAGAUGGUACUAAUCUCAUACGUCUUCGUUCUUUUAUGAGAGUUGUUAAAUAUUUACUUAAUGAACCAGUCGAUACAGUUGAUGAAGAUGGUGAAGAUGAAGAUCCUGAAGACGAACGUACUGUAGAUGAACGUCCUACAGAUGAACGUCCUACAGAUGAACGUCCUACAGAUGAACGUCUUACAGAUGAACGCCCUGCAGAUGAAUGUCCUGUAGAUGAACGUCCUGAACCAGCAUUACUUAAAGUUUCAUUUUAA